UGAAUUUCGGACUUCAUAUCCUUCAGAAAAUGCACGCGAGCACAAAUCUUCUUAUGUUAGCAACUGUCUAAGUUUAUUAGUGCAAUAUUUAAAAUAUAUCCCUAUUUUUGGUCCUGUGUCCUGCAUUAUUUUAGACUUUGUCCAGAUUUCAUGCGCUAAGAAGUUAAGCGGUAUGGGGUGCAGUCAGGUGCCGGGUUUGUGGGGUGCAGUUAAUGUAUUAAGCUAGCUGCAGUUAAUGCAUUAGCCUUCUUCUAAUCCUGUGGAGUAUAAACUGGAUGACCCCUUAAGAACAUGGCAGAAUGUAUAAUACUAUCCAUAGUUAUGCAGCUGUGAUCGAGUCAAUGAGGAAAGUACAUUUAAGUUCAAUGUCACUCUGUUUACUUCAUGUAUGGUCUGUUCGUGUGAUUCUGUUUUACUUUCUGGAAAAAAAUACUACUGAGUCAAUGUGCUUCCUGCAUACUGUGUAGAAACUAAUUAUACACAUAAAACCGUUAUAUUUUUUCAGGAUCCAGUUUCAUCUAUUUUAUUCCACUGAAUGUGCUCACUCAGUGUGUGCAUCAGAAUCUUUUCACGUAAAGUACUGCUGCAGGCUUUAUAGCUUGACAUUCACUGAAGAUUUUCAUCUUGGCUUGCUGAUGGUAUCUCUCCUUUGGAGCUGUACUGUGCUGGGGUGACCGAAUGUUUUGUUCAGCCAUUUACGCUUAGCACAUAUUUACUAUACCCCCGACCACCUCUGUUCCAGACAGACUUUUCUAUCGACAAAGGCACUGAAACCGUAGAUCUCUAUUACUUUUAUUUAUUAGUUGGGGUUAAAGCCCGCAAUACAGCUUUUAUUUGCUAUCUGAUAGGUUGUGGUUACAUUCAUGGUCACCAGCAUAUCGUGCCAAAGAAAAAAAGGAACGCUGUGCUUCAUGAUCAAUUUACAAAAGAACUGGACAGUAGAUAUUCAAUCAUUUAAAAUAACGGUCUCUGUAUAUCUUGUUUUAACAUACAUGGAAUGAAAAAUGAGGGUAAGACUAUGUACUUUCGUUAUGUUUACUAAAACAUGCUACGCAGUGAGUAAACGUGCCUUUCAAUUCAUUAGCUCAGCAUUCCUCUUCCUACUACUGCUUCCCCUGGGAUAUAACACUCAGCUACGGUUGGACGCUAUAAUUAAAGAAACGGUGUUGUGUACGAAUACAUCCAGUAUUCAUAGUGCUAAGCGAUGACGUUCAGAAAUCCUACGUGCUGCAAGGUAUGACACAGGCACUUCUGUGUACGUCAUUCACCGGAAGGUAGGGAAACCUUUCAGGAUUACGUCAGCAUGAGCAGCUAGAAAUGAAAGUUGGUGGUAAAAAGAUGUUGAGUGCUGGGAUGUCAGCAAAGCUGAAGUGUAACAUAGGCUGCAGCCCUUUGCGUCAGAGCCAACACGUCAAGUCAGAAAGAACAAGCUGUACUGAAGCUGUCCUCCAGCAAUCAGGUUAAACGCAAGACACUGCAGUGUCACCAAGACCAGGUAGCAGCAACCGUUCUGUCCGUUGCUCUUCCUCCUUGGGCAUAAUUACCUACACAUUAAGCUACUGCUUCUCUGGAGGUAGAAGCCCCCUCGAAGUACUCCCUACGCAGCAAUCCUUCCAUUCGUUGUAUUUCUUUCGCAAGAUCCAUGGAGAACUCCGCUGCAAUGCAUUCUUCGGUGCCAGGUCUUUCUGCAAGGUGCAUGCCCAGAAAUUUCAGUUGCACUGCUGCUUGGUACAGUGGUCUGUCGGAAGGCUGUAAGGAGGUGGCGGAGAAUGACGCACCUAAUCCUUCCUCUUCUGGAUCGUACAUUGUGCAAGCAGUGGAGGAUGAAGCCCCCGAUCCCACCUCGGGUAGGAGCACGUCAACAGCAGAGAAGUCCAGAGGCAGAGAUCCAGUACUGUGCCCACAGAGCCCAUCAACACGCAGAAGAGCUAAAUCACUGCCAGCUCCGUGCGAUCGCAUGACUUUGACCACAACUCCUCCAAGCCCAGUUAAGCCAAAAUGUGUGAGGUUUGCAGACUCACUAGGACUUGAACUCACCUCCGUGAGACAUUUCUGCGACGCUGACCUCCCACAAGUCCCUCAACAUGUCAUGGCCAGUCUCAAGAAAACGAAGCCAGGGCAACACUAUCUCGACAAUUUAGACGUGCUCUAUAGAAUGCCCACACAAUCUGUCUUUUUGGAACCCCUUUUUGUAAACCCUUCCAGUGCACCGGAUUUUCUAGACAAGGUCAUGCAGAGAAAAGUGUGCCUUGAAGGGAUCAGAACCGACGACUUCAGUAUCAGUGGCACAAUUCGAGUUAUUAACCUGUUUUACGAGAAGACGGUCGCAGUGAGGUACUCCCUGAAUGAAUGGCGUUCAUUUAUCGAUCUGGUUGCCCCUUACGUCCCCAAUUCCAGUGAUGGGGACACAGACAAAUUUUCCUUCAAGCUGAUAGCCCCGGCCCUUUUGGAAAAAGGUGGAACCUUACAGUUUGCCAUACAAUACUGUGUAGGAGGACAGGAAUUCUGGGACAACAAUGAUGGCAACAAUUACAAAAUUCGGAGCCAUAAGUUCAGAAUUUCCCCUCUGAAAGAAUUUGAUAGUGCCUGGGUUCACUUCAUUUAAAGGGGGACACACUACAACCAGCGUGGUUACAAAAAAGUAGAAAAGGAAUGCUGUUUAUGGAUGGCAAAACGGUUUCUGCUUUUGUUAUUCUCUUCCAGCAAUUUCUUCCAACAGCUAUUCUGCCCACCAUUGUGCUAACGCUACGUAAUUGAACGGAAUAUACCCCAAAAUGAUGGAAUUUUCUUCGUGAAAGUCAGAAAUCAUUUUUCAUUUGCUAAGUGGGUACACCUAGGAGAUUUUGAACAACCUGCUUCGGCUGUUGGUCAUCAGUGGGUUGUGUUGGUACCCGAAAGAAAGGUCCAUUAAACCGGAGGUGAAAAUGUUUCUGGCAGGGCUGCUCGUACAAACUGUAGGCUGAACUGUUAUUGUUGAUACACCAUAUCACAACUGUUUAUUAGGGAAGUUGUUGGGAUAUGAUUAACUAGUACGAUAAAAAUACUAAUCAAUCUCAAGGGAAAAACUUAUAAGUACAUCACAUUGAAUAAAAUAAUAGGCAGAAAACUAGGUUUUGUAUAAAAAGUUUAUUCGUAUCAGGAGAAAAAAGAAGACUAAUUCACUUUCGUCUCUAAGGCAAAGAAACCCCCACUCUGUGUGCAGGAUUUAUGAAGUAGUUAAUUGCCUUUAAAAGGUGGAAGUUGAAUUUGGUAUGUUUAUUUUGUCUUUAUUAUUCCAUACUACUAGUUUUACAGAUGUCCUUAGACACUAAGUUUUAUACAAGAAACACUAAAACCACAUUUUUGGGAUUGUAGAACUUAUCAUAUGGGUUGCAGUGCAUUAAAUAUUUUCUUUUGUAAUUUAUUUAUUUUUUUAUAUGUUAACCAUAAGUGAAAUAGUCUACAGACCUUUUUCAGCUACAGCCCAGGGCCAAAUAAGCAGAUGCAACAAUUAGUGUGAAAAAAGUGUUGAUACUGUAAGUAUUUUAAUAAGUAACAGGACAAUCAACAAUGUACAUUAACAACUAAAGAAGAAGGGCGAUGAGAAAUAACACUUCAUGGUUUAGAGUGGAUUCUAAAACAUAACGACUGUAGAAAUAGCAGAUGGUUACUUUUGCAAGAUGUGUUUUUCCAAAGAUCAAGUUGUUGUCUUCCCAAGUUAUGAUAUAGCAUUAGAGAUUAUUUUUUUAAUAAUCAGGAAGUAUGGGGAAUACAUUUGUAUGUAAGCAAUGCCAUUUCAGGAGUGAUGUCAUUAACCUACUCAUACUAAGUAGCACAAUGGUGCAAAGAUUAACAUUACUGCUUCACAGUGAAUGAUUGGUUCUAAGCUUCACUUCCUAGCUGAGUUGCCUUCUGUAUGGAGUCUACACAUCUUCUCUGUAUCUGCAUGGGCUCUCACUGCGGUCUCUCAUUUCCUUCACAUCACCAAAGACAUGUUGAUAAAUGAACUGAUAAUCCUUGCUCAUCCUUUAAAAUGUUGUCAUGUGUGUGUGUGUGUGUGUGUGUGUGUGUGUGUGUGUGUGUGUGUGUGUGCGCGUGUCCUUUGAUUGUCUGGAAUCCUGCACAGGAUUGGGUCUCUGCCUUACACUUGUUGAUUGCUAGGAUAAACUCUAUUUCUACUGUAACUCUAUAUAGACUAAAGCGGGUACCAGAAUAUGACUGGGUGUAUAUUUAUGACGAGGAGCAGGACUUGUGCAAUUUCUUCCAUUUACAGGGAUGAAAUUAAAUGUACAGUAGUUAUGAACUUCGAACAUAAUACAUUAGGAACCAUCCUUUCCUUAAGGUAUUUCUGACGUCAUUAUUUUGUUGUGGUCCACUGAACCUGUAAGGGCACAUAGACGGGGUUGCUACUACUGAACUCAGUUUUUAAUAGAAUAAUGCUGAUUUGAGUGUAUGAAAUGUUUUUUUCUUUUCUUUUUUUAUGUCAGGCUUUAUGAUAAUCCACAAACCAUGAGCUUGUGUCUGUGGAAUUUUACUGCAAAAAGAAAUAACACUCAUUCUUCAUAUACUGUGCAUCAUGUUGUUGAUGUAGAAAACACUGGAAAAUGAUUUAAUUUCAAAAGUCUUAAUAGUUAGUGAUGUCAUUGUGUGUCAUUACAGUUUUUCUAGAGUUCUGAAAAUGUGCUACAAAGAUCUGAUAAUAAUAAUAAUUUUCAGUGCGAUUUAAAUUGAUUAACGGGUGACUCAGUAUUAUGCAAAUUUUACUUCACUUUGUUUUUCAAACAAAAACAUGUUUUUGCUUAAAUUUCUGUUUUGGUGUCUAUAUAUGGAGUAACAGUACAGAACAGAAGAUGAUAGUGAUUUCAGGGAGGAACCAAGAUUUUGCCUUUACUUUGGGUAUGUGCUGCUGCUGUAUAAGUCUUGAGUGUAGUUCUUAAAAAAAAAACACUUACUUGUUAAACUGUACUGUAAGGAAUUCCACUGCACACCAUUUUAUGGCUUUUUGAUUGCCAAGACAAAUUUUAAUGACAGUGAAUAUUAUGAUACAUGGACACACAUGCUCUGGUUGAAGAUGACUUGAAGGAAAUCAUAGUAAUAUGAAAAGCAAUACAUGAUAGAUUAAUAGUGUAAACAUUAAAAUGUUCACUAGUUAAAAAAAAAAACCUUGAACUUCCAUUAUAACCAAAUUUCUUUCAGUAUGAAGUUGUUAGUGAGGUGUAGAGAUGCUUGGGCUUGGUUAAGUUUUAUACUUCACACAAGGCCAUGCAUUCCCUAGCAACACUGGCAUUCAUUGCCCCAUAGAGCAACUUCGUAUUGGAAUGUGACAUGGUGACUUUGUUAAACUAAGUUGUGAUGCAUGCUUAGCUUUCCUUUAAAAAACUGAAAAUGCAUUACAUGUUAUUUGUGCAUUUGUAGUUCUCUGGGUAUUGCUAGGACUCCUUUGAACUCCCCUUUAAAAAUUACCUGGUCUGUAUGUUUUCAAAGAGUUCCUGUAGUAUGUAUGUUCUUCCUUUUUCACAAAAACACACAUGUGGCUGAUCUGCCAUAAUAUAAUAAUCGUAGUUGCCAUAUAGUGGAAUUAUUACAACAGUCAUAGGGGUGGGUGGUAGUGCAGGGGUGUCAUGAACAGAUAAAGCAAUAAGAACAAGUGACUUAUGGUGACUACAUCUACAGAGUUGUAGUGUAGGUUAUGAUAUGUGGGUGUUGUUUAGCUUUAAGGACAUACUGUAUAAAUGCCACACUGGGUGCAUUAUGUAUGCUAAGCUAUAAAACAAACACAAGUAUUUAUAUAACUAAAGUUCUUUUAUAAUAAAAUAAGCUUUGGCGGGAAUUUUCUUCUUUAUUUCAAGUGUGCAACUCCAUGGGUGUGCUUCAGGUCUGUGAAAGGUCAUAGCAAUGUCGAACGUCUGCCAUUUAGUACCGUCAUGACAGAACGGCCACUCAAUGACUGCUUAAGGCAGUCUUCUGACUGCUAGGUCAAGAGCUGUUGAAGUGAAUUAUAAGACUAGACUCCAUUUAUUUUAGAAUGACUGUUAUCUGUAUGCUGUAUUAAUUUCAGUUAUGUCACUUUCCGUAUAGCAUAUGUUUUUUCAUGAGUUGGAAAAUUUCAUUAACUUACUGCUAUCUUCAAACUGUAAGCUUUCUAAAGCUUUAUCAAUAUAAUGGAGCUGCUUUCAUUUUUCAUUUUCAGACUGCAAAAAUACUACUUGUCGGUUAAAAAAUAUUUAAAAAAUCAGAUCCAGGACAAUUACUGAAGAGUAGGUUACCUUUUUCCAUGGUGGGUAAACUUAGAAGAUCUGUUGCUGGAGUCAUAAAGGAGAUAUUCUAAAAGAAAUCUGUACGUGGCAAGGUGACAAGGUGAUGGGAUAGUUGUGUGUGCAUGUGUGCUCAUGUGCAUGUAAGUGUGUGUCUGUAUGCCUCUGUAUUUGAGAAUAUAUAAAUAUAUGUCAGGGUAUGGUUGUUGAUGUUAAAUCGGCAAUUGUCAGAUAGUAUGCUAGCUGCAAAAACAUUUGUCAGUCACUGUAAGAGGACUGGCUAAUGGCUACUUUAUGAGUUGCAACAUUUUAUUAAUAGAAAACCCAUGGCAGAUCCAUAAUUCACUGUUCGAGGAAAGGCUUGCACUGAAACUGUUAUGUUCUGAUGUUUGUGCUAUCCUUGUCCAUCUCUGACUAACCUUGUGACAAAUGACAGUCAGCUUGAUUGAGUAAAUUAACUUGCCGUCAGAUUUCCAAUUUAUGAACAGUCAGGGUGUUGUAACUUUUUGAGGUUUAAAUGCUGCAUGGUGUUGUGUUGCAGCUAUAUUGAAUGACCUCUGAACUGUGGCAAUGUAGCAUGGGAAAAACUAGUGUUUUUUGUAUACAACAAAGGUCUCAUAUACAUUAUGUGCAAGCAGACACACAAACAUGUAGAAACUCGUAUACAAAUGCACAUAUGUACAUGCUUCCUCCCCUAACAUAGACAAAUGAUUAUACACAUUGUUACUGUCUUUUGUACAGACAGUUACACUGUUACUUAUGUAUGUGUUGUAUGCUUGUGAAGAUGUGAGUUGGAUAUCUCUACAGUCAGUUGCAACAUACAAAAUGUGUAGUGAAUAGCUUUUACAUUGUUAAAAAUCUAGUGAGGUUUAUUUAUUUAUUUUUGCAGCAUGUAAGCCAGUAGUAGGAAUAUGCAUGUGUGAGGAGAUAUUUAAACUACACUGAAAACUGCUUGCAUGCUUAUGAAUUUAUUAUAAUCAAUGAAAAUGUUAGAAAACUCAAGUUAUUAGAAAACUAUGAAAAAAUGUUCACCACUGUCCACAUUUUGGAAAAUCACUGUGAUUAUAAAGUCAUUGCAGGUAUACAGAAAACGGGCUAAUAAUAAUGAGUGUGUGUGAGAGGGAGAGGGAGAGAGAGAGGAAUCUCAGGAUGUACAACACAUUUUCACUGAAAUAAGUUAUCCUAAAUCCUAGAGUGUUUGUAGCAUGCAAAACAGGAGGAUAGCAACAGCUGCAUAUCUGUUUUUAGUAAAGUUUCACUACAUAAACUGUUGGGUCAAUACUGCUCAACUUUUCAGAUCUUCACACAGUGCCCAGAUCUUUGCUUUAUAUUUCUGGACUGUCUCUCAUAACAUUUGUGUUUUUUGACAAAUCACUGAAGAUUAAAGUUACUAAAUAAUUUAAGUUA